GUGGGAACGGUGCAGGGCCGGAUAAAGGUGGAGGUCCACGGCUUGAGCCCGGGAGUCAGAUUUCAGUGUUUUUGAGGGGGCAGAUUGAGCUGAGGGUGAACUGAGGCUGUCUUUGUUCAGGAGCAGCUCCUGAAGGUGCGGAGCAGAGCGCAGUAGAGCAGAGCAGAGCGGAGCGGAGCGCGGAGGCUCACUCACUGCGCCAGCGAGGAGACACACAGCGCCUCACGGUUUCUGCUUAAACCUGAGCGCGGAGACAUGACUCGCGGAGAUAUGCCUUUCUUAAGACUGCCGCCCUGGUGCUGCUUGUUCCUCGCUGCUUUGUGGCUUUUCCAUCCAGCGACUGCGUUCCAGCUGCAGGACGAGAGGGGCUCGAGUAACCAGCUGGAUCUGACGGAGCUCAUUGGUGUUCCACUCCCUCCAUCCGUCUCUUUUAUCACUGGAUUUGAGGGUUUUCCGGCAUACAGCUUUGGUCCAGACGCUAACGUAGGCCGCCUCACACGCUCCUUCAUUCCUGACCCCUUCUUCCGCGACUUUGCUAUUAUUGUCACUGCUAAACCCACCACUCGCCAUGGAGGAGUCCUGUUCGCCAUCACCGAUGCCCUACAGAAGAUAGUGCACUUGGGAGUAGCAUUGGCACCAGUGGAGGAUGGGUCACAGCGAGUAGUUCUGUACUACACUGAACCAGGAACCACAAGCACUCAGGAAGCAGCUUCCUUUAAGAUGGCAGACCUGACAGGCCGCUGGGCCAGAUUCACUCUGGCUGUGCAGGGGCAUGAGGUGAAGCUCUAUAUGGAUUGCGAGGAGCACCACAGGGUUUCUUUCCAUAGGAGCCAGAAGAGUCUUACAUUUGAGCCCAGCUCAGGCAUCUUUGUGGGGAAUGCAGGAGGAACCAGGCUGGAGAGGUUUGUGGGAUCUAUCCAGCAGUUGGUGUUGACUCCAGAUCCUAGGGCACCGGAUGAGCAGUGUGAGGAGGAUGACCCCUAUACAUCUGGGUAUGGCAGUGGUAGUGAUGAGUAUGAUGACACGGAGACCACAGACGAAGUGAAGAAAGUGCACGAGGAGAGAGAAUACCCUGUACCUGAUGAAGAUCAGACACUUCCUGUCAGAGCGCCCCCUACUGAAGCUUCUUCUAAAGUUCCGUUUGAUGAUGAGGACUUGGAGGAAGAGUCCUCAGGUCAGGACGUGGUGCUUACUGAGAGAGAGCCAAACAGGACAGAGAAAGCUGUAUAUAACAAAGGAGAUGAUUAUCCGCUGAUGAUGCCAGUCCAUAAAGGGGAGAAAGGAGACCGUGGACCUGCUGGACCUCCUGGCCCUCCAGGACCCCCAGGCACAGCGAGCUCAUCAGGCCCUAAAGGAGAUAUCUCAUCUUGGGUAGGAGAACCAGGGGCUCAGGGCCCUCCAGGACCUACGGGUGCACCAGGGAAGGAUGGCCUUCCUGGUAGUCGUGGAGAAGAUGGAAAACCAGGAGGAACUGGAGCUCCAGGGUUCCCAGGUAUACCUGGUGAUCCAGGAAUAAAGGGAGAAAAGGGUGAUCCUGGAGUUGGUCUGCCUGGAUCUCCUGGGCCUCCGGGACCACCAGGACGAUCAGCGACACUCCGAUAUGUGGAUGCCAUUGAUGGUUCAGGAUCUGGGGACUUUGACAUUGACACAGAGGUUAUCAGGGGUCCACCUGGGCCUCCAGGACCUCCAGGGAAGCCUGGUCUUCGUGGCCCCCCUGUAGGUCUAUCUCCUGGUCCAAUGGGACCUCCAGGGAAAGAUGGGAAGGAUGGGGAAAUUGGUAAUCCUGGAAUUCCAGUAAUUGAGGACUGGUUUAGUGGUUCUGCAUAUGAUGGUGAUUCUGGAUAUGACAGUGGUUCUGGAUUUGAUGUUGAGUCUGGGAUUGAUGCUGGGUCUACAUUUGAGCUUGGCUUAGACCUGGAGGGUGCUAAUGGCAGAGAUGGUGAACCAGGAAAAGAGGGCCAGAAAGGGGACAAGGGUGAAGCUGGAUUACCUGGGAAUGCAGGACAAAAGGGUGACUCAGGACAGCCAGGCCUCCCAGGGGUACCAGGGGUAGCAGGACCAGAAGGUCCAAAGGGAAAACCUGGCCCACCAGGACCCCCAGGACCUCCAGGUCCACCUGCACGCUUCAGUUUUGAUGUACUGGAUUCUGACGACUCUGGAGUGUCUGGAAGCAGUGGCUUUGGGCCAGUUCUCCCUAGGGGGCCUCCUGGUAUACCUGGUUUGCCUGGCCCCCCAGGACCACAGGGAAAAGAUGGUGUGAACGGUCUUCCAGGUACUUCAGAGAUGGGGGAGCCUGGUCCUGCAGGACCUGAAGGGAAACCUGGACUUCCUGGAAGAAAUGGCGAGAAAGGAGAGAAAGGGGAAAUGGGGCAGAAGGGAGAAAGAGGUCUAGAUGGAGUCAGUCUUCCUGGUCCAGCAGGGCCACCCGGACCACCAGGACCUGUCCUCAACCUUCAGGAUUUAAUGCUGAACGAUACUGAGAGCCUUUACAACUUCACAGGGCUUUUUGAACCUCGAGGUCCUUUGGGGCCGAGAGGUCCAAAGGGUGACCGCGGCAUCCCAGGAGUCCAGGGCCCCCCAGGGUUAAAGGGUGAGAAAGGAGAACCAGGGAUCACUAUUGGUGCAGAUGGAUCAUGGUUGUCUGGAGUGACUGGGCCUCAGGGACCGAAAGGACUCAAGGGUGACAGUGGUGAUCCUGGACUGCCCGGUGUAAUGGGCCCGGUCGGACCAACGGGACCCAAAGGGGAAUUUGGAUUUCCUGGCCGCCCAGGUCGUCCUGGUCUGAAUGGACGCAAGGGAGAAAAGGGAGACUCGAAUGGACUACCGGGCCCACCUGGUCCCCCCGGCCCACCUGGACGUCCCGGAAUAUUCAACUGCCCCAAAGGAACAGUGUUCCCGAUUCCUCCCCGGCCCCACUGUAAAACAUCCAUCAAUGGCAAUUCUACUGCAGAGGGAGCCAGCUGUUCAACAUCUGGAGCCAAAGGGGAGAAGGGUGAAAGGGGUCUUCCUGGCCCUCCAGGUCCCACAAUUCCUAUGCUGGGUGCAGGCACCACGGGAGAGAAAGGUGACCAUGGCUUCCGGGGCGGGAAGGGAGAGAAAGGCGAAGCUGGGAUGCCAGGACCACCAGGGAUGCCUGGAACAACUGGAUUGGUGGGACCUAAAGGAGAUUCAGUCAUUGGGCCUCCUGGUCGUCAAGGACUUCAGGGCCCACCCGGUUCUCCUGGUAUCGGAAGACCUGGCACCACCGGACUCCGAGGCCCACCUGGACCUCCUGGACCUCCUGGCUAUAGCUCUGCUGCUGUUAUUCCUGGCCCACCUGGGCCUCAAGGUCCUCCUGGUCCACCAGGACCAGCUGCUGGUGGCUCUGGCUCAGUAAAGAAAUACGCAAGUCUCUAUGCCAUGAAGCACGAGCCGUAUGCGGUUGAAGAGGGAACAUUUUCCAUGGUUACAGAUACGAGUAAACUCUACCUCAAGGUCCAAGGGGGUUGGAGAGAGAUUCAGCUUGGAGGGUUGAUUGAGGUGAAUUCCCCUACUGUCCUUUCACAAGAUGAUGCUCACCCUUUAAUAUUGGCUCCUCGAUUCAGCAAUACUCCUAAAAUUCACACAGGAAGUGCGCUCAGGCUGGUUGCCCUCAACACACCACUGACUGGGGACCUGGGCUCCAUCCACUCAGUGAAUAAGCAGUGCAGACUACAAGCUCAGGCCAUGGGCAUCCGAGACGAGUACAGGGCUUUCCUUUCUCACCACCUACAGGACCUGAUCGACAUUGUGCAGCCACCCUACCGCACCAGCUUACCCAUUGUUAACCUCAGGGGUGAAGUUCUGUUUAAAAACUGGGAAAGCAUCUUCUCCAAUCACAUUCUCCCCGGUGGGAUCCCCCUCUACUCUUUUGAUGGACGAGAUGUGAUGAGUGAUCCUUUCUGGCCACAGAAGGCCAUAUGGCAUGGUUCAUCAGAGAGGGGAAGGCGUCUUGAGGAUAAGAACUGUGAGUCCUGGAGAGCUGGUGACAUGGCCAUCACGGGCCAGGCUUCUUUCCUCUACAGUGGCCUGCUGAAUCAGCAAACCCGUAGCUGCUCCAACCAGUUUGUCGUUUUGUGCAUCGAGACCAAUCCCAACCAGAACACAGUCAACGAACUCAAACAGGCACAAUAUCGCCACAGACGCUGGCAUUACAGAUAUUGACAUCUACACCAGAAAACCUCUGCAAUUAACACGUCAACAUUUCAGAAGGUGUAAAUAUCUGUACGCUGAUAAAAGGCCAUGUCAUUGAGAAGCUAAUGAACCAUCAGUGAGAGCCAUUCUCAGGUUUUGAGCACAUGGACAUUUAGUAGCAAAGCCAUUUCUCUCACAGUGUAAAGCUGCAUGAUCACCAUGUUUAAGCAGAGGGACGCACCAGACUUCCAAUCCCUACAAGUCAUUUUGAUGCACUGUAUUUUCAUUUUUCAGUUUUUGGAAAUUCAUAGAUGUCUUUUUUUUUCUACUUCACAUCAUCUUUUCUUUUCGAGUAGCAAAAGAUGUCAGUAUUUAAUUUAAUUUCAGUGUUUUAUUUAUACUUGACCGCACAUAAUCUAAAUAUGUCCAAAAAUUGAGGAUAAAUAUGUAAUUUAUAGUUUCAGUUGUUCAGAUGAAAUCUGCUCCUGUUUCUUGCCUCUUUUAUGAAAGAAGAAUUUCUACAGCCUCUCUAUUGAUCAAAUUAUAUUCCAUUUUUUUAGUUUCUGGAAAUGUGACUGCAGAUAUUUUCUUUUUCCAGAGAGCAAUCAAGUCCUCAUUUUCCGGUGUUUCAGUUUUUAGGCCAACAAUUUGAGCAGUGGUUAGUGGUAAGAAGUAAGGAGUAUUCUUCAUUUUCACUGGUGCUUAUUGAAUAAAAUCUCUUUUUCAAAUA